AUGAGAGCGUCGACAGAGUCUUCGAACCGUGUCAAUAACACAUACCCACAUACCCAUACAGCAUUGCAUGUUCCAGUUCGUCAGCCUCGCUCUCAUCUCACCCACGACUCUAAAAAGGAGACCCCUUUGAUCAUCCCGAUCCAUGUUCGAUACGUGCUCAAGGAUCUAUGGGUCCAGGUGGACCUGCCUCGAGAUAUGCCCAUCCACAAGGCGCGGGACCUAAUUCUUGCCAAAUGCAGGCUAUCAUCCGUUCCUUCACAGACCUCCGACACAUCCUCCGUUUCAGCCACUUCCGAGGUCACCUUGGCCUCUGUCAAUCCUGAUACGACCCUUUCGCCAAGCCUACGGACACGUGAUUCGAGUCACUUUAGUUCAAGUUCGCUCAUGCUUCCUUGUGAAGUCGCAUUGUCCCCUUCACCUACCCAUCGCUUAAGCCGCAGUGGACAGGACGACGACAGCUUCAAUGACCAGGAGAGCAUCGACGACGACGAGGCCGAGUUGAGGGCCGAGGAGCUCAUUGUCAGCGACCUGUUUGGUCAGUCAUCCCCAACUCGAAUGGGCGCCACAAAAGAUAGGGAUCAAGCAUACUCAAUCAGGCAGGAACUUCCAAGAGUCCCUUACGGGUCUUCACGCAUCAGAAACGACGGCCACUGGAGCCAUAGCGGUGACCAUUGUCAUGCUCAGCCUGCACUGUUUGCAAUGCCUGUCGUUAAGCAAUAUGGUCAACAGAAGCACCAACAUCAGGGUCAGCUGCAGCAUUGUCUGAGUCAGCAACAGCUAAAUCGACUGGUAUCCUACUCGACCCUCCACAAGAACGACGGGCAUGGGUCAGCGAUCGGCGGUGACAAGCACGGCAAGGAUGGACACUCCACAAAGCGAUUUAGCAACAUCCCCGGCUGGGCCCACUACAGGAGUCGACAGAACAGCAACAACAGUAAACACAUCGAUCGCGAAGUCCUCAAUCAUGGCGGGAUACUGGCAAACCACUGUCUGGACGAGGAAAACCCAGCCAUUACUGAAGCUCGCAGUUCAGAGUGCACAGCAUGGAAGGCCUGCUUUGGGCUCUUCUGGUUAACUGCAGGUCACUGGCUGGACGACUCAAGACUUGUGAGCUCCUACAACUUGCAACCGCAUUGUCUACUCGAACUCCAGCUCAGGAACAGCUACAUUCAACUCCCACCUCCUGGCACACCACUAAGCUAUUACGAUCACUAUGCGGAGGGGCUGUUGUAUAAAAAGUCCAAAAAGAGCAAGCUUGGUCAAGGAAACAAAGAGCACGCCUGGAAGGAGCGCUGGGUUGUGCUGCAAGGCAACAAAUUGUUCAUCUAUCACAAACGGAAGGAGCUCCAUCAUUGGAUCAGGAUAUUCAACUCAUUGAACAAUACACCGUUGCAAGAACUGUCUCCACCGUUCGACCUCAGUGUGCCAGCAUCGUCAAUCGUAAUGCCGCCACCUCUCCCGCCACUGCCGUCUUUGCCACCACCAGCCUCUAUGGGCCAAACGAUUAUGUCGGCUACCAAACGUCACAGACAUCACUCUCACACAGAUGCUUAUCAUCGGACCGUCAUCGAGGGAGCUUACCACUCAGAACGCAAAAGGAGUCAUACAUCCCAGUCAGCAUCGGCCACGCCGUCAAUCAAUCCCGUUCUCAUUUCAAAUGCAGCUGCAGCACUGUCGAACCUACACCACGGCACUGGCGGUAGUAACAGCAAAAGCAACUAUGGUAGCGAGAGUGAAGGCAGUGAAAAGCGACAAGCCAACUACACCAUCGCUGAGCUCAAGUAUCGCCUCAGCAGGUCCAGCUAUUCCUCAAGUGGCUCCGGUUACAAGAAUCUUCACCAAUUGGAGCGCCAGACACUAUCUAGGAACAGUUCGCUAUCGAGCUAUCAGACUUCAGUUCAGAGCACGCCUGGAGGACUUGAACGUCAAAGAACCUUGACAGAGCCAGUGUACUUGUCUCGUAUGCGGAGUAUGAUUUCGCAACAUAGGUCUCAGCAGACGCUUCGAGACCAACUCCGGCGAUCCAAUGGUUCGGCGCCUGAACCAUUAACUGCUGCCAUUCGUGUCGCCGAGCAGACUGUUAAUAGCAUCGGGGACAUUUCGCUGCUGGAGCCAUCCGUUCAAGCCCUUCUGAAGUCUUCUGGCGCAGCGUUGUAUUCAGGAUACAUCUGGCUCUAUAUCCCUCAUGAUGGCGGUGCCUUGAAAAAAGACGACCAGGAUUCUUUUGAUACUCCUCCAGAGUCUAAACGAGCAUUAUUGGCAACAUCGAUGAGCAGGACCAGCUCUACAUCGUCAGCGCCGACAGCAUCUCAAGGAAGCCGAGCAGCCAACAUCAGCAUUACAAAGGCGUCCGGACGAUAUGUCAAAUGCUUUGCGGUGAUCAACGACCAAGGGCAGUUCCAGUGGACAGAGGUCAGGAAGCAGGAUGAUAACGACAGAGCCAGCGUGGAUGAGCGUCAGAGCGACUCACCAGUGUCCCGUCCCAGAUUCGGAUUUCCUUUGACAUCAACACGAAACCGAUGUGAGAGAGCUCUCACCACUGAGUGCGGCUCAGAUGUGGAUAACAACAUUGGUUUAUCAAGCCAUAAUGCAGGAUUCGAAGCAGAAAGGACGGUGGAGGCCUCGAUGGCGCACAAGUUACGACUCUACUUCUUCUGCAUCAAGAUCUCAACGUCGUCGGCUGGAGACAUCGUUGUGGAGUGUAUGGAGUCAGCAUCAGUCUCAUCCCCAAGGUCCUCUUCGCCUGGUAGCCCUCCGGCGCGUUCCAAGAAGUCACCGCUUCGUGAGAAGAACCGUCUUUCGGCUCCGCCUAGGACGAGAACAGCUUCGUCGCCUUUCCAACCACUUCCGGAUGAUUCGUUGCAGACCAAGUCCCAUGCGAGGUCUGACAGUGUGGUUCCUUCGUUUGGCCGGUUUACUUACCUGAACCCGCCAGUUUGGCCUUCUAUGUCUCCUCUUCACGAACGGCCAUUUCCCCCUACGCCUAUGCCCACGCCUCCGGUUCCUGAAUUGCUGGUGAUUCCCAAGUUUGCCUCGACACCUUCGCCAGCCCAGGGGCAACUCGACAAAAGUCUUCUUACUCGUACGCCCAGCCUCUUUGUGGAGAAUAGGGCUCGUUCGGCUCCACCAGGGUCCAUGUUUCCUACGGCAGCGUCACUCUCUAAACACAGCCCAUACUCGAUGCUGUUGAGAAACGUCAUCUUGGCUUCCAGUGCUGACAUCACACCUAACCGGGCGCGCCCCAAGCAUCAUUCCCAUUCACAAACGGGAACCCCAGACGGAAUGACGUUGACCCCGGAGUCUGUGCCACCAACGGUUGCUAUGUCACCUUCCUCUACAUCCAAUGUCCUGUCACUGGCUGAGGACUUGCAAAAGGCCUUGCAGAUACGUCAAGAACCCCUGGGUAGCAUCGACAGCAGGUUCUCACAGGACCUUCUCGGAUCCCCACUACUUGCGUCACCCAUGCGACAGACCAAGCCGACACUGUCUGAAAUCACGUCCAAAAAGCGUGCAUCGAUCCAGCAGCAACAAGAGUCCCUCAAUACCGCACUCAAUGUGGAGCGGUCCCGACUGAAGCUGAUUGGGGUUCUCAAAACCUUAGACGAGGGAUGCGAGGUUGAGGAGGCAUCCUGUGCCUCACAGACCAAGGCGGCUCAUGAGGAACAGAUGAAGCAAGAAGCAUCUCGAUCUGCCACUGCUGCUAUGCUUCGAGUUCUGCUUCAAUGCCCUUUUUUGGAGCAGAGUGAAGCGAAAGAUUCCGAGGGGAGGACAUUUGUGAGUCUCAAGGGGUACACAGAGACAGAGGGGGGGUGGAAAGCCCUCCAGAACGUUCUUGGGGAAUUCUUAGAUGGUCCGAUCAAAGAUCAGCGGUCUGCCCUUCCGCCAGAAGAUACACUCAUUCCGUCGUACCAUGCCCCGCGCGCGCCUGAGAUCCGUUUAUCGGAGAAGGCACAGAACUUUCUGAGGGCCAAGGAUCGAGCCAAUGCAGCAGCAGCAGCAGCAGCAGAGGCGGCGACAGUGGCGACUUUGGCGGGAGUUGGAGAUGAGUCUUCCUUCUUUGUAUCUCCCACGCACAAUAGCCUGCAGCAACCACCCAUCACAGCUCCAUCCAUUGCCCUUGGUAGACCGGCUGCAGCGAUGAUCAUUGUCGAUCCCUCCACAGUGAAGCCAAUAUCGAAAACCAAGACCCAGCCCUCUUUAACACAUUUGACUCGGAGUGGUAGAUUCAGCCAAGGCGCUUCUUUCGAUGGCUUCCAGUGA